AUGUCUCCAAAACCUGAGGAAAGGUAUAUGAGGUCGGAUGUUGUCAGCAGGAUGCAGAUUGUCAUCAAGUCCAUUUGGCCUAAUGCUGAAGUUAAAGUCUAUGGCAGUUUCGAAACUGGCCUUUACCUGGCAACCAGUGACAUUGAUUUAGUUGUCUAUUGCAAUGAACUUGACACACAGGCAGCCUUGACAUUACUUGAGCAAAGGCUGCAGAAUAUCAGGGAUUAUGACGACGUGCCAAUAGUGAAGGUGCUAGACAAGCAAACAGCCGUUCGGGUUGAUAUUUGCUUCAACGUCGAUAGUGGCACAUCUAGUGCUGAAUUUAUCAAGGACAUGAUGCUAGUGUACCCCGAGUUGAAAUACCUGGUCUUGGUUAUGAAGCAGUUCCUCCUGUCACACAAACUGCUAGAGAUGUUCAACGGUGGUAUCAGCUCAUAUUGCCUGAUACUACUCAUUAUUAGCUAUCUGCAGUUGCAUCCAGAGGACAGGCACUCCGAGAACCACGGAGAUCGCCUGGUAAAAUUUCUCGAGCUGUACGGCCGAUUGUUUAACUACCUGAAGUGCGGGAUCAGUGUGAAAGAAGGCGGCUUUUAUUUCAGGAAAUCAGAGGAGGGCAAGGGCGAUACUACGAAUAGAUAUUCCUUACUUUGUAUCAAAGAUCCUUUCAAUGAUGAAAAUGAUGUAGGCGAGGGUUGCUUUGGAAUUGUGCAAAUCCGAGUGGAGUUUGAAAAGGCCUUCAGGGAGUUGUCUGAUGGUGUUUUGCCACAAUACGCCCACAUUCAACCGACGUCGACGAGUCUCCUAGGACGGAUUUUGACUAUCGCCCCGGAAGUUGUGACGUACCGGAAGUUCAUU